CGGCUUUGUAGUUAUGUUUCCGCCGCUUUGUUACAAAUGGCGUUCAUCACUAAUAGGUGACGUGCUGCUUUUCAGCACAUACAAUUGCGAAAUUUGAGGGCGCAAGAAGAGAAGAGCGCUCAUGUCUUUCUGUAACAGUAGGGAAAUGUCAUUAGGAAGCCAAACCCUAAGCUUUGCGUUUAACUAACAUAUCUAACUGUCGCAGGGAAGCGGGGCAGUCUUUGCACUUCUGUGGUAGGCUACAGCCUUAUGGGCGUGAAGAAAAGUAGGUUCACUGUUUGGGGUUCCCGAGGGUGGCCAGUAACUAGGAUCCCUCAUGUAAAAACCAGUGGAGGGAAACGUAAGAGAAGCCAAGCCAUUCCUACCAGCGACAUGGAGAACAUUUUCCAGAUGGCAAGGCAGUGACUCCGGCAGAGCCCUGUCGCGCCCACAGCGCCCCCUGUCGGCCCGUGCGGCUCACCAUGCCCCGGCCAUGAAGGGAUACCAUGUGAGCCGCAGCCUCUCCCAGCAUUCCGCGGGGCCAUGCCACUGCAUGCCCGAGGGCCUCGACGUGCCGGGGGCCUAUAUGCCUCACCCCCAGGAGGUCCGCGGCACACGGGAGCACCUCCAGGGCCAUGGUAACCACGCCUACUACCCACCCGGGGGGCCCCCGGAGCCGCUGCCCCUGCCCUCCUCGGGUGGGGGGACUUUUCCACGCUCCCACCUGAGCCAGCACCCCUACGACUCCUGUGAGGAAUGCCUGUCUUCGGGCCCCGGGGGCCACAGUCACUCGGGAAAGCGGCAUCACAUCCCGCCGGGCCUGCUGGAUCAGUUUGAGCGGCAAGUGCCCUUCCCUUCCGAUGGCUUCCACACACUACAGUACCAGCGGGCGGCCAGCGGGGGGCAGCGCAGCGAGAGCCCGGGCCGCAUCCGGCACCUGGUGCACUCGGUGCAGCGGCUCUUUGCCAAGUCUCACUCGCUAGAAGCACCGGGAAAGCGAGAGUACGGCGAGGCACGUGGUGAGCACCGAGAGCGUGGUGGGGGCCACCGGAGCGGCGGGGAGGAGAGUGCCCCCCCUAGGGCCACCACGCACCAGUCACGGUCGGCUCGCCGGAGCAAGAGCCGCGAGCGCAGCAAGAGCGGGGACUCACGGCAUGGCGAGCGGCGUGAGCGGCGGCACCGUGGCAAGACCGCCGGCUGGUGGAGCUCCGACGACAACCUGGACAGCGACAGCAGCUUCCUGGUGGCAGGGAUGGGGGGCCGCAGGGGCCGCGUGAUGGCCCUCACGGGGCCCGAGGCCUUGGAUGGAGCGAUCCCAGAGCCAGUACUGAGGGCCGUGAAGGCCAAGAGCCCGCAGGGGGAGUGCGUGGCAUGUAGCACCAUGGGCCUGCCGGGCGAUAGCGGCCACUCUCUCAAGAGGAGCACGUGGACGGCCAUGACAGUGAGCCAGGCCCGAGAGGUGUACCCCAGCCAGAGGGGGGGCGCCUACGAAAAGGCCCUGGUGGAGCCCAAAGUGAAGGAGCGCAGUUACCACUACCUUCAGGUGCCGUCGGAUGACUGGGGCGGGGGCUACCCUGGCGGGGAGGGCCUGGACGGCGGCGGAGAGAUCCCUUGCCGCCGGAUGCGCAGUGGCAGCUACAUCAAGGCUAUGGGUGACGACGACAGUGGCGACUCGGACCCGAGCCCCCGGGCUUCGCCACGCAGUGCUCUCAUCGCCCAGAGGGAGGCCUUCCACCGCUCCAUCAGCAUGGACCACCGUGCCAAUGCCAAGUUCUCCUGUAAGGAGUGCACAGACGGCUACACCCCCAGCCGCAUGGCGCCUAAGGGACACGGCCGCUCUCGCAGCUACACGCGCUCCCUGACCAGCGCACAGCUCAGCGACGUGCUGAACCACCAGUUCGACUCGGUCUGCGAGUCAGUGUUCGGCGAGGCUGAGUCGCAGGCAGUGGAGGCGCUCGACCUGCCCGGCUGCUUUCGAACCCGCAGCCACAGCUACGUGCGUGCCAUCCAAGCCGGCUGCUCCCAGGACGAUGACUGCCUGUCUGUCUUCUCCAUUUCCAGCCCCAAAGUGGGGCCCAAGGCAGCUGGCGUGUUUCCGUACCGGAAGAUGGCCCCCCCGCUGCCCCCCCGCGUGGCCAAACCCCUCAUCGCCGUGACGGCACAGAGCAGCACAGAGUCGACCCAGGACGCCUACUUCCUGAGCACUGGCCAGCCGUCGCCCCGCACCAAGCACAGCCACUCCCUGGAUGGUCUGGAGGCGGCCGGGGGCAGGCCGUCUUCCCGGGGCGGGUACUAUGCCGCCGGCCGCGCCAAGCCGCACAGCAACUCCACCGAGAGCCUGGAUGGGAGCCGGGUGCCGCUGGCCGGUACAGGGUCGGCGUCGGCCAUGGCGGCCAGAGCCAAGCACAGUAGCUCUGCUGACAGCCUCCUGGAGGUGACCGGCAGGGGGGGCCGAGAGCGGAGCGCCGUCGUCCUGGGGAAGUCCUCCUCGCUCCCGCAGAGUGGGAACAGCCAGGGCCCAGCCGAGGCGCUGGGCGAGCACAAGGCGGAGGGGCGGAGGGGCAAGUGGAGGCCGUCCAUCGCCGUGCAGGUGGACAGCUCCGAGACCAUAUCAGACUCAGACACCGAGAGCAAAGUCCUGAGGGAGGUGCAUUCUAUCGGGGUUCAGGUAGAGGAAGAUAAGAGGCGAGCGCGCUUCAAGCGCUCCAACAGCGUGACAGCGAGCGUGCAGGCAGACCUGGAGACAGAGGGUCUGCUUGGGCUGGGCGCGGCCACGCAGGACAAGGGCCUGCAAUUCGGUUGCUCCUUCCAGCGGCAUUCGUCAGAGCCGGAGUCGGCGGGCCCCUACGGGGAGUACCGCACGGUGCAUACGCAGGGCCAGUGGGCGUACCGGGACGAGUACCUCCACCAGCAGCAGCAGCAGAAGCAGCAGCAGCAGGGAGGCUACGCCGGCGAGGUCACCAGCCGCGCCCCCUCCCCCCGGCCUCCCAGCCGCGCCGGCUGGCUUGAGGGGCCCCGCAGCCUCCCCGACUCGGGCCGCGCCUCGCCCUGCCCCCGGGACGGCGAGCUCUUCCUCCGCCUGCUACAGACAGAGGUGGAGCGCAUGGAGGGCUGGUGCCAGAACAUGGAGAGGGAAGCAGAGGAGAAUGACCUGCCCAAGGAGGUGAUGGAGCUCAUCCACGGAGCCGUGACCAGCGCCCAGAUGUUGAUGUCCCAGAAGGUCCAGCAGUUUUUCCGGCUGUGCCAGCAGAGUAUGGACCCUGCAGCGUACCCCCAACCCACCUCUCAGGACCUGGCCGCCUUCUGGGACCUGCUGCAACUGGCCAUCGAGGACGUGCGGGUCAAGUUCCAGGACCUACAGCGACUGAAGGACUCUGGCUGGAGGCUGCCAUCUGACAGGAAGGAGGAAAAGAAGCCUCCUCCCCUUUUACCAAAGAAGCCGAGCGUGAGCAGCAGCAUGGCGGAUGCCGCCAGCGGGGGCAGCGGUGGGAGCGUGGGGGUGCUGGUGAUGUCCCGCAGCGGUCGCACCGUGCCCCUGCGGGAGAAGUCACUGGACCUGGGCGAGCGACAGCGGGCGGAGCUACACGGGAGGCUCCUCCCAGCCAAGCGGGCCGCCUCCUUCCGGCAGAACUCAGCCACCGAGAGUGCCGACAGCAUCGAGAUCUACAUCCCAGAGGCACAGACCCGACUCUAAAGCCCUAAAGCUCCACCCCCCGCUACCCCCUGCCAAGCCAUCAGGGGUGGUUCUAGGAUUUUUUUAAGAUGGGGGGAAUAAGAGAGGCCAUAAUUCAUACAGAGGGGCCAACCUUAUCAUUAGCCAAUGAUAUGUUUCGAAGCAGUGAGUGACAGGGGAGGGAGCACUAUGGGGGCCAAUCAGCUUUCAGCUGGGGCCAGUUCCCCUGUAGCCCCGCCCCUGUAUAUGCCCCUGCAAGCCAUGCCCAACCCUCACCUCAGCCUAUGAAAUCCUGGCAUGUGCCACUAAGCCACUUUAAGCAAUUAUAGAUAAAGAGGGCUGGAGAGAGAACGGGGGACUUUCAUAUAUAGAUAUUCAAUUCACACACAGAAUCAAAGCCAAACAAGGGAGAAAGAGGGCCUCUCGCCAUCUUCUGGGUGUGCUUCAUGAAACUCUAAGUUAUGUAAAACAGUUCGUAGGAGAGAUGUGUUCAUUUGUGCUGUCAUAAAAUUUCCCUUCUGACGGAAGCAGGCCUCAGUGUCUCCUGAUGCAGCCGACGGGGAGAGUGCGUGUGUGUGUGAAUUUUUGGGGGUUUUUUUGGGUUGUUUUUUUUUGACAACUGUGCCAGCUGUUUUUAAAAAGCAUGGGGUUUCUGCAGGCAAAUAUUCAUGAAGUGGCAGAAUGUCCCAACACAGUCACACGAAAACCUCACAUUAUGCUGACUUCAUGUCAGUUUGGGAUUCUCACUCUGUGGCUUUUAUUGUUGAUCGACAGUGACCCCUACUGAGCAAACAAUGACAAGACAAUGGUAAUUUGGCGCUUGGGGCCCCCCAACUAUUACUCACCAUGUAGGAAAGCGUCCUUGGAUUGUCCUUAAAAAAUAGGAGGGGGAGAUACAAAAAGCCACUUUGUAAGGGGUCAGAACAGAAAGAAAAGUGUGAUCAUUUCAAAACACAGUGAUGUCUGUGUAGCUCGUUUCAAAUGUGCGGCGGAUGAAGCCCAGGUGUGCACAGGUGUGCACAGGUGCUCCUCGACUGUCGAUGGUGUUACGUUCCGAUUAACUCAUUGUAAGUGGAAAAUAUCGGUAAGUCAAGGACUUAUAGCUACACUGCAAUUGCACCAUCAUAAGUCAAAUGAUCGUAAGCCGAUCCAUCGUAAGUCUAGGAGCAUCUGUAAUUAUCCAGCAAGGUGUUGUCCCCCGCUCUCCGGAAGUGCGCGUUGUGCUUAGGCGCGCCCCUGGACAUGCUUCACAAUUCAUAAUGCCCCGGUUCUUUUUAUGCCCUUGUUUUUCAAAGCUGUAUUUUUGGUUGGCAUGGCCAGCAAGAUCAAAUGAUGCUGUGUUUUUAUAGUGCAUCUUGUUGAUUAGACCCAAAUGUGGGGUAUUUAAAUCUGUUUUAAUUAUUUUUUUUUAAUCAUGAGGCAUAGCUUAGUGUAAAUACAGCCUCGGACUGCUAUCAAAUGAACAAGGUUUAAAUAUGCCAUCUUUUUUGAGAUCCUGAGCCACCCAGAAUAAGGGUAUCGUCCGACCGUUUUCUCGUUCUUAUCGUUUUACCGCGGCCCUCUUGUGGCUAGAUUAUGUAAUUACACAGAACAUGCGCUCUAGUUUAUCAUGUACAUUACUAAUGCAAUUCUCACUGACUCUGGAUAAAAGCCGGUUUAAAAGAACGAAGUAGGCUUUGUUUUAUAAACCUGAAAGUGAAUUAAUAUUAUAUUAAGUAUUUUAUUGGGAGAUGCUUUAUUUUAUAAUGUGUAAUAUUAUCUACCUUUUUAGAACAGUAGAGCGUCUAUGUAUAAAAAUGUGUGAAAUCUGCUAUAUGAAUCUGAAAACAUAUUAUUAAUAUGAUCUAAUGUACAAUAACUGAAUACAGCUGAUGGCUGUUUUUUCAUGGCGUCUCCUGACGUAUAAGACUUUUUUGAAGGAUGUGUCUGUAGUGUUCAGUUCACAGGGUUUGACUGUGCCAAACACAGCUGUCAAGUGUACUUUCUCUCCGAUUUUCACUCUCUUUCUCCCUCCCUCUCUCUUUUCCCCUUCUCUGUAAAUGCACUGGAUUGUAAUUGGGUUUGCAGUGUCACCUUCCUUAAACUCCUAUCUCUAGCUACAGUGGGUCACUCCCGUUUUUUCUACUCAGCUAACAACACGUGCCUGAUUACCAAGAUGUGUGUGGCUUAUUUCGUAUUAAUAUACUACUGAAAUAUAGAAUAGAAUCUUACCUUCAAAUGUGUAUAUAGACUUGCGGCAUUUAGAAUACUUUUUUCAAUAUUAUUAGAGCUAUUUUAAUGUAUCGAAACUUUAUCGUAUUGAAACUUUACUGUUGUGGACGACGCAGACACACAAGCACACACACGUUGGUGUGGAUUAACGCGGAGAUUCGCAUAUAGUUCGCUUAACGAGACCGCGCAUAUCGCUUUGAAGUCUACGCCUGUGCCCGCGCGUUUGCCACCGGCGUCAUCGAAUUACAGCCGCGUCUCUUUUCGCUACAUACGGGAGCUGGUUGUGUCCUCACUUGAAUACAGGAUCACCCGUACCGUCACGGGUUUAGAGAUGUAAUAUUGUUAGUUAAAUGUUGUUCUUUGCAGGAUCCAAGAGUGGAUUUUUGGAAAUCAAACAUAAGAUGUUCCUAUUUAUUUUGGAAAUGCCAAUGCAAAAUCCAAUUAUUUUUGACUUGUUAGAGGAAAGUUUUUACAGAUAUACUGCUCUUUGUAGAAUGACGGAGAUUUUCAACAAGCAUGCAGUACAAUUUAUCAAUUUGAAGAGGUCCUAAGCAAUCCCAAGCGAAUUACUGCAAAUUUUCUUAUGAAUAAAAUUCAAUACUGCUGAAUCCCUGUUAUACAGAUUCUGCAGAUGCCUGGGUUUUCAUAGAAGAAAUAUUUUGUCUUACAGUGUCCAUAAUUUAUACAGCAUACUUCUCCAAUAGUUAAAUAAAAACCGAAGCUGUAAAUUAAAUAAGCACAAUGUUUUUGGAAGUAGGCCUACUGGUUGUACUUGAAUGUGAAGGACUCUUCAACUUUUAAAACAACACUGCUGUUAAGGACAGGUUUAUUACAAGGCCUGUCUUGUAAUGAAAUGAUUUUUUAAAAGAGCAGAUGUUAAGUUAAAAGAAACAACCACGGCUGUUUCAUUCGGUGUUCGGGUCACUUUCAACGAUAUUUGUUAACGUCAGCCUUCAGAGUGCUGAGACCCAGCGUCUUUUGUUCUUCCUUAUUCAAUACAUCAACUGCUGUCUCUCUAAUUAAAAGGAAACACCUGAUGCGAAUCAUUGGGUGAGAAGUAUCUCAACACUUGCUUCCACGGUUCCAUUCUAUUUUUGUAUCGGGCUAACAUAAUUACCGUAAAGUGCUUAAUAAAAGAGCAUUGAAAAUGGACGUAACAGCACUCAACGUUAUGAAGAGUUAUAAAGCCCGUCUGGGGAAAAGCCAGAAGAAAACUGAAGAGAGGAAAAAGAAACUCCUAUUGCGAAUGUAUGAGAUAAAAUAGACUCUGGGGAUUCGAGGCCAGUCAGCCGUGCAACCUCCCUUGGACUUGCUGACCUUAUAAAUGUCAUAAGUUUGUUGCUGUUAGAAUCAGAUUAGGAGUGGAGUGCUCUGUCUUCUGUUAGGGCAGACAACGAUGUUCAGCAACAGGGGCGAUUCUAGGACUUUUUUAGGGGGGGGAGGGGGGGGGCAUAAUUCAUACACCUAAACUUAUCAUUAGCCAAUGAUGUGUUUUGAAUCAGUGAGUGACAGAGGAGGAGUCACUCUGGGAGCCAAUCAGCUUUCAGUGGCGGCCAAUGUCCCUGUGGCCCCGCCCCUGUAUACACCCCUUUCCAUUUAGUCAUCCAAUGGUGGUCCUGCAUCUAAUGCAUUGAUUUUAAGCCUUAUAACUUAUAAUUUGGCUCAGUUGCUAUUUGGUCCCCAUUUUUUUUGUGGGGGGCAGGGAUCCAUGUAGGGGGAAGAUGGAAGAAACUCAAGCUCUGCACACAAGCACAACAAUGUUUUGGAUUUAGGAGAUGAAUUAGGAUGUAACCAGGAGCAAAAGAUCCACCAUCAGCUUGUUUGAAGUCCUUCCUUAAUCCUCAGUGAGCUUACAAAUGACCGUCUAAUCAUAGCCAGGUAUGAAGAAACUGCUGUCUCCAGCAGAAAAGACCUUAGCUAGUAUUAUCAUCUCAUGCAUUAGCUGAACUCACAGAUGCAUCAUUUUUCCAAACUCCGCCCCCUAUCUCGUAUGCUGCAUCUAUUGGUCGUCACCCCCUCCCUCUGUUUUCUUCUAUGACCCUUGAUCUCCCAUCCCAGUCACGUGACCGCCUCUCACAUUAAGCAGAGCCAGAAUUUCCAUCAACAUCUGGCACCACAACCCCCCACAGGAAGGGAGGGAGCCCCCCCCCCCCCAUCACUAAUACCCCACCCGUUACCUGCACAGGGCUUCCAGCCCCAAGACCCCACACCAGAAAGCCUGCGUGGGUUAACCUGGACCAGCAGGUCUGCUGCUCACAGAAUUGAACGUAGCUCCUCAUCAAGCCGUAGUAGCACUGAGGACCCCUAGUGUACAGUUAUCGCACUGUGAUGUUCUUCUGAAUUUAGGACACCUUACUAGAGCACCUGAACGCUGAGAGUUACAUGGGGUCCUAUGUGACUGAGUAAUUACUGUGUAAUUACAUAUACCUCUUCUGCUCACAUUUACCAUGUAUAUAUAUCUUUGUGGUCAUGGAAAUUGCUGUUAUUACUAUUAAUGUGUAUUGUUAUUAUGAUUAAUAUUGCUUAUUACUAUCGCUGUAAGUUAGAUGUUAUUUCAAAUACUAUUUAUCAUACUCUGUAUUUAAGGGCAAGUUUGUAAUGAAAAAAAAUAUUACUUUUCUAUUGCUGCUACCAAGAGCAACACCUGGGCAACGGGAUACGAUGUUGAAGGGGUAGAAACAGACUUACUUGUUCCCGGAGAGUUGAAAGGGGCUCGUCACCAAGGGCUCAACACUAAGACGAACAUUUCGCAUGGAGAGCAUUUGGAAAUGGUUAUCUGGGGACUGGCCAGCAAUCUGCAUGUUCAGUCAAAGCAGAGUCUCCUGAUGUUGAUUAUUCCCCUGUUUUGUACGGCUUUGGACUCGGACAUGUAGCAAAACACUUCCCUUUGAUCUUCUUGCCUCAUCCAGCCUCGGGGACCGGCCACGUUGGAGCUUGAGCAGAAGAUGCACCAACCCAGGACACGCCUCUUCUCAAACUCACACCAGUUUGGUUCUUUUGAUUCCCAAGCGGACAUCUACUUCCUGGUCCAGUGAGCCACCGGUACGAACAGCUACAGAUGUGUUUGCAUCGCUAAACCCAGAUCAAGUAGCCGUAGUAAAUAGCAAUAGUGUUGUCCCUUGAACAAAGAACCACCGUAGUAUUUAUUUAAGGUCUCAUGUACAAAAUAACAAUGUGGUGGUCCUAUCUGAUCAAGUAGGAGGGGAAAAAAAAACAGUAGAGACUAGUCAAACAAUGACUGUAACAAAAAAUGAAGUGUAAAUCAAUCAUGUCUAUCGAUUCUGUUUCAAUCAUCAUCUUCUCAUCCAUGGGUAUGUACAGACCAACAUGUGCUAGCACAAACCCAGAGAUGGCACACUGUGAUGUGGGUAACCUAAACAGAAUGUAACACUGUUGACAUUGUAAAUGUUUUCUAAUUAUUACUAUAAAGCUAUUUUUA